CGGAGGCGCGUGCUACGCUUUUAAUGUUUACUCUGGUGCUGGCUGAGGGGCGAACCCUGGCAAUGGCACCAGCACUGGGGAAGAAGGGAUGGAUAUAUGACUCUGGUAGACUCCCUUUUUGCAUUCCGAUCAUUCGACUCCUCUUCGUCUCCACAACAGUCCGUAUCUUUCUUUUGAACCGUACCCAUCAAUCGCUUUGGGUCUUCAUAACUUCUUCAUACAUACUAUAUACGUCUUAAUACACCUUCGGACCUCACAAUGCAUUUCACAACCCUCAUCGCCGGUCUCUGCGCCCUCGCGUCCACCGCCUUCGCCGCCAGCGAUGACUGCCAGGCCCAGAACAUUGUCGACGCCUGUGUCGCCGGCUACCAGGAGCGCAUCAAAGGAUGCCAGAAGAACAGCAAUGACUGGAUCUGCCUGUGCGAUGUGUACACCGACGUCCUGACGUGUUACAACAACUGCCCCGAAAGCAAUGAGAAGCCCCCCGUGCAGAACCAGGUUACCCAGUAUUGCACUGCUGCGGAGCCCCUCCGCGCCGCAGCCUCCUCCUCGGCUGCCUCCGUCGCCAGCGUAGCAAAGACCGCCACCACCGCGUCUCCCACAUCCGCCGCCGCCAGCGCAACCGCCUCCGGCUCAGCAACCGGCUCGGGCGCUGUUGCCUCCGCAUCUGCCUUUGCUACCGGUGCUGCUUCUUCCCUCACAACACCAGCUGGUGCGGCUGUUGUUGCGCUCUUUGCUGCCGCUGGUCUGUUCUAGAUGGGAAGGUGGUUAAGUGGGGGAUAGGAUGGGUCGGGUUGGAUACGUAAUACAUAAUAGGAUUCAUGGAGGAGACGAGGUUGUAGAUAGGAUGGGUGGAGUAGAGAAAUCGAGGAUGGUGUUGCAAUGUCGUGUCGCUGUGCGAGUGAGGCGUCGAAGAUGUGAUUGUUCAGUGACGCCGGUGCAAGUGCAGAACUCCUUUCAUCCUGUCCAGGAUUGUUGGCUCAGCCUUGACGUGGUCCGGUUCUGUGCUU